CUUUGAUAGAGCAGAAGAAAAAUCACUAAAACAAUAAUUGGACUAAAUGGCGUUCACGUUUGCAUUCGUUGGCUUCUUGUUUGUGAUGGAUCUUUGGCUGAUGACUCUACAGGAAAACUUGAAUCAGCAAGCAAUAGUUGAAAAUAGUUUUUAAUUGGAGGUGUCACCAUACUUUAAUUAUAUAUAAUAUCUUGCUUCUGAUUGAGGAACCUGCAGUCCAUGUCAAACAGAUUUGAUAUGUCGUUUAUGUCAAAGAAUUUCUGCAUUUCAUCAAACGGCAGAGAACUCCAAGGUUGUUAAACCAAUUUUAUGAAUUUGGGAAUCUGAAUUCUUGGAAUAUGCAUAUACCAUCAUGACAGGUAGCACUAUGGAAAAUGAUGAAUCAAAGCCACUGGGAAGAUGGUCUGUUUUAGCUUAUGGUGUAGGUCAUGUGCUUAAUGACAUAACAUCCACCUAUUGGUACACUUACCUCUUGCUCUAUUUGACCAGUAUUGGAAUACCUCCAAGGCAAGUUGCAGCACUAGCAAUUACAGGGCAAUUCACAGAUGCAACCAUGACCAUAAUUGCUGGCGAACUGAUAGACAGAUUUGGACAUUUCAAAAUAUGGCAUGCUGUGGGAUCUGUUCUUGUCUCUCUUGCUUUUUCUUCAUUUUAUUGGGGUGUUUGCGUUCCUUGCAAAAUUAUAGGGAUUGAUACUCCUCUUGUGCAAAUGAUUGGAUAUUAUAUGUUUGAUAUACUCUUCAGUGGUGGAUGGUCAUGUACUCAAGUAUCACAUAUGGCAAUGGUGAAUGGCAUUACCCUGGAUCAAACAAGUAGAGUGGCAUGCGUCAGCUGUCGCAAUGCUUUUACAAUGGUUGCAAGCCUAAUCGUAUAUGGAAUUGGAUUUUUCAUUUUCAAUUCAUCAGUGAAACAAGUUGAAAUCAAGGAGCAGUACCACUUGUUGGCAACUAUCACAGGUUUGAUCGGAUGCUGCUUUGUAAUUAUAUUUCAUCUUGGAACUAAAGAGCCUAGGGUGAAAGAAGUAUCUCACAAGACAAUUCGACGUGGUUCUUCUUGGAAGCGAUGGUUGAAAAAUGGCCUGUAUUAUAGAGUAGCUAGCAUUUACGUGUUAACUAGAGUUGUAACGAAUAUAUCACAGGUGUUUCUUGCUCUAUAUGUAAUUAAUGAUCUACACAUGAGCCAAUCUUCCAAGGCUUUGGUUCCUGCCAUCAUCUAUUUGUGCAGCUUCAUUACAUCUGUCAUGCUUCAGGAGCUCGAAUGGAGCAGUUACCGGUUGAAGGCCAUCUUUUCAGUUGGAGGCCUCCUUUGGCUAUUCUGUGGUGCAGUAGUACUCUCCCUACCGAUGAACAUGAACGUUUUUAUGUACAUCUUAUCUGUGGUUAUUGGAAUCGCCAAUGCCUUCAUGAUGGUAACUUCAGUAGGGAUGGAAAGUGAGCUAGUUGAUAAAGAAGUUGAGGGAUCUGCUUUUGUUUAUGGAUCAUUAGGCUUUGUGGAGAAAGUAUUGUGUGGGAUAAUGCUGUACAUUCUAGAGUCAUACGAGAUUGUAACACCGGCAUCAUGUGACCCAGCAUAUCCUUGUUUCACAGUUACGCGAUUUUCAUUGGGAUUCAUUCCUGGAGUUGCUGCACUAGCUGGAGUCAUAGUUACAUGCUUUACAAAGUUUAGAACUUCACAUCCAGAACCCUUGGCAGAACCCUUGUUGGCAUAGCUUUCAAGAACGAUUGAAAUUAAUGUACUUUUAAAGUUGCAUAUUUGAGAUUGAGACGUGGUUGAUUGGUUGAAACUGCAAAACACACGUCCAGUAUAGUGAUAAGCCAGAAGCUCUAUUGCUCUAUACAUCAGUUUAUGCAAAUUCUUGAUGUGGUUAAUUAUCUAUUAUGAGCUCAAGUUUGAGCAAUGUUGCACAUUAUUUAGAUAGAAACUCACGUUUGAGGGUAACAGAUUGAGCCCUGUACCUAUCUCUGGGGAAUCAAACUUUUAAAAAUUAAAUAGA